GAGCCUGCUCCCCUCAUUCUUGAGCUCCCUGGGCUUGGGGAGACCCUGGUCUUUCCUCUUCACUCAACAGCUCUUUCUCUAUUCUUUUAGUAGCCACACCCCCGAAACCUGCCUUCAAGCUCUUGUCGUGUACCUUCUACCUCUUUAUUGAAAGAACUCUCUUUGCCUUUCAUUUUGGAAGAGAAUUGAAAGGAGUGGAUCACCUCUUUUCCCUUCCCCUCAUUUCUUCCUCUGGGUGAACUACCUGCAUCAAACCCCACAGUCUGGGUCCCUCCUCUCUUCCCAGGCUGACCUUAUGCUUUCUGUAUAUGCUAUGCCUUAAGUUAGAUUCCCACCCCUUUCUACUUUACCCACACCAGGCCUGGCUUCUCAGGCUACCAGCACUCCAGGAGGUGUGUCCACCCUCCUUUUACCAUCUGAGAAUCCAGAAUGUUGGCUGGACUCCAUCCUUAACCAGACACAGCCAUCAGAGAGGGGACUUGGCCCAGGUGGAUCUUACAUGGGCGUCACAGAGCAGCAGGGGCCACACCUUGGCCCUAGAAUUAGUUUACAGUGUGCUCUCUUCUUUGUCCACCUGUCUCUCUCCCCACCCCCACCCCUCUGAUAGGCUUCCUCCCAGAAUCCUUUUGAGGAAUGGAACAGGUUCUCGGUCACCUUUCUUUGCACUUACAGGACUGGUGAUGGCUGAUGGGGCUUUGUUCUGUUACUCAAACAGGGGGCCAUGGGCAAGAGGGCCGUUUUUGUAGUAAGCAGUACCGGGCUAAUCUGGGUUGCCAUCUCCCCCGCCUCUAGAUCUCCAAAUCCUUUCCUGCUUUGGCAUGACGUAGCUUAGGAGGACCCUGGUGUACCCAGGUGACAGAGGAAAGAGAAGGCAUUGGCAGGGAAGUGGGUUGAGUUCUUUGGGAUGAGGGCACUGGCUCUCUGCCUAACCUCCUGGCCAGAGGCCCUAGUUCAGGAAUACCACAGGCCUUCUGACCCAAUUGGAGGAGCACUUCCCAUGGACCCUCAGCCUUGGAGGGACCCUUCAGGAAUUGUUCCCUCUCCAGCCCAUUUUCUCCUUGCCCGUGACCUUUUGAUCCUCUCAGGUGGAAGAAGUCUUCCUUUCUUGGGUCUUAAAUGAGAGCCCAAAAAAGCCAAGCCAAUGAUGGGUUGUGGGGGAGGGUCCCAGGGGAAUUUGGGGUUCUCCCCCCAUCCUGUGAGUGGGCUAGACCUGGCCCUGGCACGAUGACAGGCCACAUGGUGCUGCUUCCUGGUCCACUCAGCACAGAGAGCCAAAGCUCUGCCUCUGGCCAGAGCUACCGGUGAUGGGGCCUCUGAGCCUGGCUGGUUCAAACCGGCCUGCAGUGUGCUGGGAGCUGAGCUCCGUCCUGGGCAGACUGGAGGCAGGCAGCUAAACAGCUGUGAUGAUGGAGAGAGUAGAGGAGCUGAGAUAGCCCUGACCUGUGGCCUUCCCAUGACCUAGUGGGCUCUGCUCAGCAGCUUCCCUGGAAACAGGCCUGCUGAGCAAGGAGAGACCAUGACGCUGAACUGUAGGCUUUAGCACCGGCCCCUGCCCUACCUCCAUUCUUCCAAAGUGACAGCUGGGCCUUGAUAGGGAGUUGUUUCUCUCUCAUCUCUGGAUGCCUACAGAAAGCUCUAGAACAUGUGAUCAGUGGUAGAGCCCUUGGCUCUAGAAGGGUUGACUAGAGUCCUGCCACGGAUCGGAACAUGCUUUGGUUGCUGGAAGCCAUGCCGUGGGUGGGGGCAUGCCUGGCAUGGAUGCAUAGCAGUGCCCACGAGGGGCCUGAGGGAUGAGCUGGAGGAAGGAGGGAAGGCUUCUUGGUGGCUCCCCGCUGCAUGUGACCUGGAUGGGGACAUUGAGGGUAGGGGUGGGGACGAGCCUGGAUGCAUCUGAGCUGGGUUUUCUCCCAGGAGGAUCUGGUCAUAAAUGGCGUAGGCCCUAUACAUGCUGUCUCCUAACCUUCUUCAUGUCCCUGGUUGGGUCCCACUACUGACCAUUAUCUCUUGGCCUGGGCUCAGCCGCUCCAUUUCUGGGGGUCUUCUUUGGUAUGUCAUGUUGACUGUCCUUUUUUUGGUGGGCUGGUCUCAGGCAUGUGACGUGUUCCAUUCUCUGUUCCUACCAGCAACGUUUCUCCUGACUCCACCAGGACACACAGCUUGGAGCAGGCACCAGCCACGCUGUGCGUCUGGGGACUGUCUCAGAUGGUGCCCAGCUCUGGGGUGAGGAGAAUUACCAGUGGCCAUGGUGAGCCCAGUGCACUGUGCCUGGCUGGGUCUGCAGGGGACAAUUCCAUGGGCCUCUGGAGUUGGCUGAGUGCGUGGCAACUUGAGAGUGCUGUGGCCACCAGCCCCCACAUCCAUGCCACCAGGGGAGCCUUGGUGGUGGCAAGAGCUCACCCGGAGCAGACUUCUCCGGCUGUUGUGGAGCCUGAGCCCCUGGCUUCACACAGCUGGCUCUCCCACACAUCUAGCACAUCAAACCACACACCUGGGCUGGGAAACCUGCUUUCGUAUAAGAGCAAGGCAGUCAUGCAAAUGGUUUUCACCAUGGCCUACUUUAAGGUAGGUCAGGUCAGAUCAAGGACAGAGUAGGUUCAGCAGAUGCUGGCUUUGAUGUUCUUUGUGUGGGUGUUGGGUGUGUCCUUGGUGACUGGCCUGACAUCUCCAGAGUCCUGGGCAGCACCCAGGUGGGGGCAGGAGGACUGGAGUUGCAACAGGGACACUCAUGCAGGAGUGCGCAACAGGCACCUGCUGUAGAUACAGAACUGUGGUGCUAGGGUGAUGUGACCCGGCCCCCUCGGCAUAUGGGAGCACCUCCUCUGGGGGAGACAAAGGCAGCCUUUCUGGUGACUGGAGCAUUGAAGAUGCAACCUUAUCCUGAUCUCCUUCCCAGGCUGUCCCCCAACCCUACACACAAGGCCCAGUGUGUCCUCUGUGUGACACACCUGGUGUGACCCUGCAGACAUCGCCGAGGCCCUCAGCUGUGGUCCAGCAUCUGGAGGGAGGGGCCACAAGGUCUCCCAACCCCUCGCUGGGCUCUCUGCCAGAAAAAGUUCCCUGUGACCUCCAUCAGGGUGAAGGAGUAGGCAGGGGGGUCUUUCACAGGGCGUGGCCCCAACUGGCUUUCUGACCCACCACUCCUAGCCUCAGACCUUGGCCUGCCAGCAACACACCUCACCAUUCCAGCAUUUUGCUCCUGUGCCCCUUCCGCCUGCAUGCCCCGUCCCCACUCCUACUUCUCUUCUGGGGCCCUACAGAGGCCGUGACCCUGUUCUGUAGCCAUUGUCUCUCCCUGCUACAGGAUGCUUGUCCUUGCUUCACGGGUCGCUUGCCAGUUUCUGCCCUGUGGGAGCACAGGGGAUGUCUUGCUGUGCCUCUCGCCCCCAGGCCUCUGGUCCCCACCAGGACCUGCCUCAUGCCCUGGCGCAAGGGGACUGGAUACUUGAUUGGCAGUCACGUUGGUAAAAAAAAAAAAAAAAAAAAAAAAAAACCUAGGAAACGGGGGUGGGUCCACCUCUGUCCAGGCUCCAGCCAGUGUGCUCACAGGCCUUGGGGGGCAUCCCGUCACUGUCAGCAUGCCUGAUGCUGCAGGCUCUAUUCUAAAUGAUGUUUAAGGAAUCCCCUGCAGGGCUGCCUGCCCACCUGGCCUGGGAUUCUCUUCUCUAGCUCCUGGCUCUCGCCUUGAGGUGAGAAAGGUAGCAGAAAAGAGCUACAGAAAUGUAUCUGCCUAGGUAUCUAAAACAAGAGCAUAGAAAGGGCAAAGUUUCUGGACUCUGGCCGCAUGAGAAGUUUUAUUUUUUCGUGGUGGUGGUUUGUCACUUGAGUUGCCUUUUGAUCCAGGGCGUAUCCACAUUCUGAGCAAGAGCCUCAGUCCUGACUCGGGUUAGCAUGAUGACAGGAGCCCAAGGUCCGGGGCUUAAAACCGGAAAUGUGGCGGAGAGCUAAGAGUCCUGGCUUUACCUAAAACCCCUUUGUUCCUUGGACACAGUGAGGUCCCUCUUAGGCCACCUGAGUUAAGAGAUUGAGGAGACUUCAGGCCAAACAUGGGGGGUGUGGGGUGCCCUGCAGCCCUGAUGGGCAUGAUGAAGGGGGGCCUGCAGCUGGGCUAAGGAGCAGUUUUGCGGUUAGUGCCCUCAGCUAUGCUUUUGGUGGUGAGCUGCUCUCACGGGCCUAGGAUUUGAGGGGACGAUGUAUGCCAGGCUUGAAAGAGGGCCUGAAAGGCCGACUGACCAAGGCUUGGUUUCCAGAAGACAGGGUGGGGUGGCUGGGUGUUUUCUAAGACCCUCUCAUAGCCCAAGGCCUGGGGUCAGGGCUCCCCACUCAUGAGUCUGGAAGGUACAUUCAGCUCCUCCUUAGCCCAGGGGGAAGCUGACCUGGGUGCCUGUAAGCUGCCUGUGCCCAGGUAGAGAGAGGGAGGGACUGCUGGGUGAUGUCCUGCAGGGACAGGUACAAAUGCCCAUUCCUGGGCCAUUUGCGGAGCGCUUUGGAGGGGAUUGCUGUGGCUUGGAUGCGGCUGGGGACUUCAGGGGUGAGGGAGGGGCUUUUGCUGAAAUUGCACACCUGUGCCAGGAGUCCCUUCUGAGGCUCUGCAGGUGGUGGCCAUGUGACUGGCCGGCCAGGCUCUGCUCUGUGAUGGCCAUGGUGAGUGUUUAUUCUGUGCCUGUCAUGUGUUGGGGGCCAAGCCAUGCUGUUGUACGUGUUGUCUCACCCCACAUGAUGAAGUGAGUCGGUCUUUGUCAUUCUUUGUGCCUAAGUAGAGUGAGGCCCAGAGAGGGAAGCAACAAGCCAGGGUUAUGCUGCUGGUGACCUAUAGGCUAGAGUCUAAGCCACCAUCUGUCCUGGGAGGCUCUGUAAUGUUCUGAGUUGGGAGGCCCUUCUUCCUGCCCCUCCUCCCAUCAGGAUCUUACCGGCAGCCCGGGUGGGCGCUUCAGGAGCUGCUUAUUGGGGUACCCAGGCUCUUGGGAGCUUGGCUCUAGCAUGUGGAGUGGGACAUUCUGGCCUGUUCUGGCUGGGGCUGUCCAUCAAAGGCUUGGCGGGCAGCUGAUACUGUGCAAAGCCCUUUGGGACUCAGCUUCUGGCUGGGCAAAUCAGGGUAGGUGCAGUCCAGCCUAGCCACUGAGGAGGCUGGGUCUACAUUAGCAUGUGGCCAGGCCUGCAUGUGGAGUCAGGGUCUUGCUUGGGAGGACAGUGAGGGCCUGGAUAGCAGGGAGGGCUCUGGAGCCUGGUGACUGCCCUGCUGUGGACAGAUCUCCUGGGCUGGGUGUCAGCUGGACCCAGGCCAGCCACCUUGUUUCCACCCAGGAGCAUCCCGUGGGUACCUGGUGAGGCACUGGCUGUGUGUGGGUAUCAGCUUGUCUCUUGGACGGGCUGCAGCAUCUUGCUGGCUCACUGUCUUCCAGCUCUCACCUGAGCUGUUGGGAUCUACGGGGCAGGGGCCCUACCUUCCCCCAAGGAGGGCAAGUUUCAGUGCUUCUUUGUAGAGUCCUAUCACCUAAACCCGUGUUGGGUCUAGAGGCUCCAGGAGGAGGAGGAGGGGUGGGAGCUGGCGUGAGAGCUUGGAUGUUCCUGCAGCCCCCGAACUCUAAGGAGGGGCCUAUUGGGAGGGGUAUGCAGGCCACCUCUCUCUGCCUCAGAAUAGCGGGGUUUCAGGGCAGUGCCGGGAGGUGAGCAGUCACACACGUGGUAACCUUGGUGUUCCUCAGGUCUUAGGAUGCCAUCCAAGCCUCUCACCCUCAGGUCCACACACCCCCAGCUGGGCCACCCUGAAAUAGAAGAGAUGCCAGGUGGGUGUUGUCGCUGUUCCACUCAGGCCAGUGGUGACUGCAGAGCUGAGCCUUGCCCAGGCAACCUCUCACCAGGAAGCAUCGAGAACUAGAGUGCAUAUGGAGUGGUGUGGGGCCCCGGGCCCUGGGGUGGGGGGGCAGGGUCUCAUAGUGUGCAUCUGGCCAGGCUUCCUCAUUGAGGGUGCCGGGCACUGGUCAUGGCUUCACUGAAUGUGGUUCUCUGUGGUUUGGCCUCCCUUCCAGGGGGCGGCCUGAAGUCUCCCCCUCCUGUGAGUUAGUAGUUAGAUCGCAUGUUCAGCUUCCCUGUGUCUUCUGCGCACCCCAGCAAUCUUCUCUCUGGGGCUCGGGUUUGGCAAACCCAGGCCUCUGUCGGGCUCAGGCCCGCGGUGGGGGCUGUGAUUAAAGGUAUGCCCCAGGCCCUUGGUCUCUGUGCCUCCUACAGGGUGGCAGGGGCCUAUGGCAUCUGUGUCCCCCUCCUCUCCAGUCACCGCAUCUCUGGCUUCUCCACUGACCUCUGGGGGUGGACAGGGUAGACUGCCUUUCCAGCCUAUUCCUCCUGUGAGCAGGCCUCAGCCCUUCCCAACUACUUGUCGGAUCCCUUGGGUAAUUGGCAAGGUGCUGGCUGAAUGUGGGUAUUGGCUUGUCCCUUGGCUGGGCCAGCAGCACUCUGCAGCUAGCCUGUGUGUCCAGUGCUGGCACAGGCCCACCCCCGUCAGACCCUUUUCCUCCAAACCUGAGCCCAGCCAGCGCCUCCUCCACAUCUUGCACAUUUUAAUUUUUGACCUGACUUAGAAAUUGAGAUUUCAGUGCAGAUAAUCUGUGGGGCGUUUGUGUGGACGCGGAUUCAACGUGUGAGGCCUUUGUCCCCAACCAGCCUACCCCCACCGGUCCUCAGCACGUAAGUCCCACCACUCACUAGACCCCAGGCCUGGCAUAUGGGUGCCAAGAGCUCACAGCCUACCCUAGCUCCCCAGCUCUGGGUGCACAGACCCCUGAACUGGUGGGAUGGCAGUGGGUGUUUACUGAGGGCCCCGUGUGUGUGGAUGUGGCCAGGCCGUUACUGCACUGCACCCCCCUCCAGAAGGGUCCCGGACCUCAAGGGAAGCUUGUGGCCCAGUGGCUUUCUGGAGGUUUGCCACAGCUGGUGAGCCCAGGCUAGCUGCUGGCGAGACCUCUGAUGGCGCUGUCUGCCCCUUUACCCCCGGCUGGCUGUGGGAGAGUCUCCAAGUGGAAAUCCAGCCACCCUUGGCAGAACCCCCACGUGUCCCCUCAAUGUUCCCUGACCUCUGCUCCUCCCCAUCUGCCGCUGCCGCAGGUUUUUACUAGUCAGGAUCAGGUCUAAGGAAGGUGUGUCUGCCCUCAGGGGACGCUCAGCUCAAGGCUUUGCUCUUGUGUCUCUUGGUUUCUCUGUGGGCCUCUCCUGCCCUUCUUACUAGGAGCCCCUGGAGGGCCAACCCCACAGCCUGUGUAUCUCUCUCGACGGCGCCAAGUGAGCACUCAGGAGUGUACUAACGGUCACUUGAUGUGCGCUGGCUGUUUUAUCCACCUACUAGCAGAUGCCCGGCUGAAGGAGGAGCAGGCCACGUGCCCUAACUGUCGUUGUGAGAUCAGUAAGAGCCUCUGCUGCCGCAACCUGGCUGUGGAGAAAGCCGUGAGCGAGCUGCCCUCCGAGUGUGGCUUCUGCCUGCGCCAGUUUCCCCGCUCCCUCCUGGAGAGGCACCAGAAAGAGGAGUGCCAGGACAGGGUGACCCAGUGCAAAUAUAAGCGCAUCGGCUGCCCGUGGCAUGGCCCCUUCCACGAGCUGACGGUGCAUGAGGCUGCGUGCGCCCACCCAACCAAGACGGGCAACGAGCUGAUGGAGAUCCUAGACGAGAUGGACCAGAGCCACCGCAAGGAGAUGCAGCUCUACAACAGCAUCUUCAGCCUGCUCAGCUUUGAGAAGAUCGGUUACACAGAGGUCCAGUUUCGGCCAUACCGCACAGAUGACUUCAUCACGCGCCUGUACUACGAGACGCCAAGGUUCACGGUGCUGAACCAGACGUGGGUCCUGAAGGCACGCGUGAACGACUCGGAGCGGAACCCCAACCUGUCAUGCAAGCGCACACUCUCCUUCCAGCUCCUCCUCAAGAGCAAGGUCACGGCGCCCCUGGAGUGCUCCUUCCUGCUGCUCAAGGGCCCGUACGAUGAUGUAAAGAUCAGCCCCGUCAUCUACCACUUUGUCUUCACCAACGAGAGCAACGAGACGGACUACGUGCCACUGCCCAUCGUCGACUCUGUGGAGUGCAACAAGCUGCUAGCCGCCAAGAACAUCAACCUGCGGCUCUUCCUGUUCCAGAUACAGAAGUAGGCGGCGCCGCGCUGCCCGCGCCUGCCCCGCAGCGGCCUCGCCGUGCCGUCUGACCGUUUUAGCAGAGGAGAAGGAACAGAUGCAAACAUUGGGAAGGUCUGCAUGCGUGUGCGAAGGUGUGAGUGCUCUCACCUCGCCCUCCGCCCCGCCUCCCCUGUCCCAGGCACCGGAGGCUGGGCCACCUGCAGAGGAGACGGUGGCUCAGGGACACGAUGGGGCUAAGCCCGUGGCCAUGCCCUGGCCCCCAUGGCGCAGUGAGGCGCACCGUCUGCUCUGGGCUGCGCCCGGCCCCUGGGCCGGGCUCAGGGAGCACGCUGACUUCAGACGGCAUAUUUGAUUGCAAUUAAAAAGGCACCCUUGUUUCCUA